AUGGCAGAAUUUUUAGCAGUUGUCCUCAUUACCAUUUUGGCCGUGAUUAGUCCUGGCGCAGAUUUUGCGAUUGUGACGAAAAAUAGUUAUUUGUAUGGCAGACAGAUCGGGAUAUUGACUGCACUGGGUAUCGCCUUAGGGGUACUGGUACAUGUCAGUUAUACCUUAGUGGGUGUUGCUGUAGUAUUAAAGUUUGCCCCCAAUUUUUUAACCUACAUUAAGUAUUUAGGGGCGUUUUAUCUUAUUUAUAUUGGCUAUAAAAAAUUUACUCAAUUACCUGUGGCAGAUACUAAUCGUUCAAAUCCGCUAAGCAAACGCCAAGCCUUGCAGUAUGGCUUUUUCACCAAUGCGUUAAAUCCCAAAACGACGUUGUUUGUGGUCAGCACUUAUACACAGAUUGUGAGUAGUUUAACGCCCAAGGCAGUUUUAAUUGGUUAUGGCUUGUUUAUGUCAUUGGCGCAUUUUGUGUGGUUUGCGAUGGUUGUGUUGGUAUUUUCUCAGCAGCAAUUGCGUCAACAGAUGCUGCAACGACAAGUAGUUAUCAAUCGGGUGAUUGGGUUGAUACUG